AUGAGCCCGCACCUCUCCCUCCUCCUCCUCCUGGCUGCCUGCACUGCACUCUGCYGGGGUGCUCCACUCGCCGGGGAGCUGCGCUGCCGCUGCGUGCGCACCGUGAGCGAGGUGAUCCCGCCGCGGCGCCUGGCCAGCGUGGAGCUCAUCCCUGAGGGGCCGCACUGCGCCGUGCCAGAAGUGAUAGCGAAGACAAAGCAGGGACUGAUGGUUUGCCUGAACCCCUCGGCGCCCUGGGUCCAGCGCAUCGUCACCAAGAUCCUCAACAGUUCAGAUAAGCAGCUUUGAGGGAAGACGAAACAACUCUAAAGAAGCUACCUGUAUUUGCAAGAAGAUACUAAGAAAUGGAUGCUGGAAGG